UAGGAAUAUUAACUGGUCAUAAACUUCGUUCGACAUGCCAUGUUGUGUUGUCUUCACAGGUGCAAUACUCGAGGACAUGGAAAUGAAUAUGAAAUAAAACGUAUAAAUUAAUAAGGAGAAAUUCGAGACGAAGGUUAGCAGAUUUUAACGAGUAUGAUGAAUUAGGUAUAUGUGAUGGAACACCCAAAAAUGCCCAGGAACGAAUUGGCCUCAUCGUCUGUGCAGGCGUUGAAGUCGCCCGCAUGCCAUCGGGCAUGCCGCGCGAUCCACGCUCACGUGUCACGUCUCAUGUCGUCAUCCGGGAUCAUCGAUCGCCGAUCCGCCGAAAUAAAACGCGCCAGACACGCAGCUCGCGCGGGGCCACGUUUUCCUGGCUCAGCUGAUCGGAAACACCUUUUGUCCCUCUUCACCCUCUGUACUUGGACGGAUAGCUGGUUCCUUCGAGAGUUAGCCCCACUUGUCCCUCUUUCUCUUUCAUGUCCCCCUCUUAAGACUCGCGUCCCCUCUACUCCAUGCCUGGAGAUCACUUUCGAAGACCCGUUAACCUACUGGGGGCCUUAGUGUUGGUGCUGCCUUCGAGCCUUCGAUGUUGGCGGCGCAGGUGUCUAAUCCGUGCACCUAGGUUUCACAAUAAUUGUCCUUGGACGCUGGUAGCCAAGCGUGACGAUCUGAGGGAGAGACACUGAUGCCAAGUGGUUUACAAGGAGAACCGGAACUGGCCGGUUCUCUCAGGGCCGAGUAGUCGAAGACUGCAUCGAGAGAAUGAAAGGAUGGUUCGAUGCGUUCCGUAUCGACGGAGGACCAACGUUGUAUAGUUAUAGUAAUCGCACACCUGUCACAGGAGAUGUUCCUUUAGUGAUCGUAUUCGUAAUUUUCGGCACCAUCUUCACCGCGUUCCUAGUCAUAUUUCCUGGGAUACGAAAGGAGCGUUUCAGCACGUUUCUCACGGUGACCUUGAGCCUUUUUGUUGGAGCAUCGAUUCAAGUUGCUCAGUAUGGGUCGUCCUGGCACACAAGUUCCGCAACCAUCGUUAGUACAUACAGUGCAUUUUCAAGGCAGAAAACCGCCGCUGAAAUUGGUGGAUACAUCGGUCUGAUGCAUAUAAACAUCACGUACAGACUGCUACCAAGCAGUGAAAACUUAAUGGACGACGUGGAGUAUAAUGAAAGAUUCUGGUGGAGAAGUACACGAGAGAUGACGAGCGCUUUUAAGCAAGCUCUCAACCAGGGUGCACCGUUUCCUAUUGUUUCUCUAGCUGAGUACUUUAGUCUUCACCAAGAGGGCUUCUCCUGGGGAAGCAAGUAUCGACAAGCUGGUUACUAUGCGUCACUUACACUCUGGACGUCAUUUGCCUCCUGGGCCAUGAUGAAUUUAUUAUUAAUAGUAGUGCCACGUUAUGGGGCUUAUGGUAUGAUUUGCACUGGGUUUUGUAUGUUACUGACGAAUUUAAUUUACUGGGGACUUUUACCUUGUGAACCUCUGAUAGCACACAUAGACGGUUCUAUUCUUGCUUUCAAUUUAGGAUGGAAUUACUGGCUGGUUUUGUUAUCUGGUAUCGGAUGCCUGUUUGCCGGGAUUGUAAUAACGGCAAUAGACAUGAUUUUUCCUCAUCAAUUUUCCACCAUAUUAGAAGUUGAUUAUGAUACACCAUACGACAGGCAUGUUAUCAUAGAAGAGAGUUUCGACACAAGGAACAUCAGGCGGAGGUUACCUAAAAUCGAGGAUUCAUUUGGUGAUCGCAUAAUAAGUCAACUGUCGUCGAAACUGCAAAAUAGACUCGACAUCAAGGAAGAUACACAGGGUGUGAUAAAUCGAGGCUACACGUUGCAUGAGUCUUCGGAAUUUCAUCAUGAGUCCAAUGAAGAUUCGAUGAAGCAUAAUUGGUCUUAUCCAUUUCCAUCAUCUUCACGUGGAACUAUCAACGGUUGA